UGGCGCAGUGCUGGUAAUAGUGACAGCUGGUGACGUGUGGUGGUGGUGGUGCAGCGGUGCAGGUCACCCGUGCAAGCAGCACACGGGGAAUAGCUGUGCACAGUAAGCGAGGGAAUAAACGAGAGGGAGGAAAGCAACAAUAAGACAUAAGAACCGACACAGAGCAAGGGAAGCCACUAAGACGAGGAAGUUGCUGUGUAUGUGAUUCUUCAUACCACACUGACGUGCCCCUUUCAUGGUGCAUCGGUAUACAGAGCCACUGCAAGUCCUGUUCUUGUACUUAAGAGAGAGACAGAUGCAUGUCUCUGUUCUGCGAGUUUCUGUUUUCAGAAUGAUGGAUCUCAUCACAUAAGGAUAAAGCUACAACAAAAUGGAGGAAUCGUCAGAAAAUGAGGAAACUAAUGGCUGGUGUGGGAAGCAUUACCUCAAAAACUUGAGUAGUAUUCACAGACUUACAAGUUUAAGUUACAAAAGUGUUCUUAUUCAUCAGUGUUGGUCAAAUGAGCCAGCUGAUGCCAUGGUGAUGAAUGAACAGUUUCAUUCUCAAAGUUCUUUUUGUUAAUUCUUUCACCAGAUGGAUAUAAACCAAUCUUCCUGCUCCUCGGAGCAGCUUACUUCUCAGCAGCUUCAACUAGAAGAGUCUCUAGGUUCCUCUUCAAUCAUUUCAAGAAAAAUAAUUGCAAAUUCAGAUUGUCCAAUCAAUGAAACUAGACAUUCCAUAGAAAUAAGUGACAGUAGUGCCCAAAAAACUUCAUUUAGAGGCAGCUCAGAUGUGAUUGAUGAAAACAAUUCUUCCAUGCAUAACAAAGAUGAAGUGGUACUGAACAGUGAAGAUAAUUAUGGGGAUGAAUGUUCCUUAAGUUAUGGAAAUGAAUCCCUCAAUCCACUUGGAACUACUAUACUUCAGGAUGAUAGUGUUAUAGAAUUUUCCUUACAUACAGAAAAAGGUCAGGACACAAACCAUGACAUGGAAUUGGUCUUGGCACACACUGUAGACAGUGAUCUAGAAAACAUUCCAUCUCAGCCUGUAAAAAUGCCUGAGCCACCAGAACACAAAGGGGAGAAUGAGGAUGAAACACAACAGGUUCCUGUAAAGUUAGAAGAGGAAGAAACUCAAGAAACAUUAAUGAAGAUCAAAGCUAAGGAACAAUCAAACUCAAACCAGUUUCAAAAUGAAAUCAGCACACUUCUCUCAGCUACAUCUGCAUUAUGCAGCCCUAGUUCAGAUGUAGAGGUGGGCAGGGUAGACUUUUCAUCCACACCAAAAGAAAAUCUGAUGAGGAUGGUGUCUGACCUACUGAAUGAGUGUGACUGGCUCAAAAAGGAAAAAGCAAGAUUGGAGAAUGAGGUUGAUUGUCUUGAGGCUGACCAUUCUUCACUGGCAUACAUGGUACAGAUUGAAGCCCUGGAAAAAUCUCUGGCACAAGCUCAGGCUGAUGCUUGCAGCUGGGAACAUAAACUUCAACAGGCCGAACAAAACUACAUGGCAGAGAAUGUGAAGAUCCGCACUGACCUAACCACCCGGCUGGAACGGAUUACUAAGCAAUAUGAAGCUGCCAACAAAGACAAGGAGGCAAUGGUGAUAAAAUAUGCCACAUCUGAACGCGAGGUCAUUAUAGCCAGGAAACAAAAGGAAGCAUUGGAAAAGAAGAUGAAGGAUAUGGAAAAAGAAAGAGAAAACUUACUUAGCAAAAACAAGAUGCUAAUAUCAGAACGCGCUCGCAUUUGCCAAACAUUAGAUACAAAGGUGCAGAAAAACAACUCAUAUCAGAGGGAAGUAGACAGACUGAAGGAUGAAAUCAAUGGUAAAGACAUCAAAAUCAAAUGGGCACAAGCCAAGCUGAAGUCUGAAAUGGAAGCUCAUCAGGAAUGUCAAGGAAAGUUAGACCGUGCCUUAACCAAGAUCACAAAACAUGAAGAGGAGCUGAGGGCCAUCAAGGAGGAGGCUGAGAAUACUGUGCAAGCAGCUAAGGAAGAUGAAAAUUCUCGAGCAAAUGUCCUUGACAUGCAACUAAAGGAAGAAAAGGCACGACUUAUCAUGGAGCGUCAGGUAAAUGAAGAUCGAGGCUCAGCUUUCACCAAAAUUACAACAGAACUGGAGGAACUUAAACAUAAGCAUCAGGCACUAGAGGAGGAAGCUUCAUCUCUCAGAACCAGGCUUGCAUCACGUGAGAUGGAGCAAGAUGAAAUGGAAAAGUUAUUUUCCUGCCUCAGAGCAGAAGCAACAACUGCACGGCAGGAAGCCUCAGAUCUCAGUCACCAGUUAUCAAACUCAGCACAUCUUCAACAGCAGCUGACAAGAGAAAAAGAACAACUAGAACAUGCCAGUGAGGAGGUUGACCGGCUACAGUCCACAAACAAUGAGCUGGAAAAUGAACUUCUUGCUUGCCGGCAAAAGGAAGCUGAGUUAUUGGCCUUCACGCAGAAACUGUCAGAUAAAAAUGUUCAGAUCCAAAGUCAGUAUUCUGCUCUUCAAUCAAAGACACAGUUGACAGAAAUUGAACAUGAAGAGUUAAAAGCAGAAGUGGAAGAACUUAAGUUACAAAAAGGCAAACUGAAAGCAGAGUUGACAAGAGAAAACCAGAAACACAAUAUUAAGCUGGAAAACCUGAAUCAGCAGCUGACAGAAAAGACUGAGGAGGCCAAAAAGCUAGCAACCAAAGCUUCAGAUUUGGAGAAUGAGGUCCAGGUUCUUAACAGAAAACACAAUAAUGCCCUCAAAGACAUAACAAGAGAAAUGCAGAAACUCAGAAGGCGUCUAGAUCUUCAAGAGAAUGGCAGUAGUGGUGGCAAUGAGAGUGCCUCUGGAGGAGUGUCCAGUGGAAGGUCCUCACAAUCUGUCACUCCACAUGACAAUCUUUCCCAAGGAUCCAGAGCAUCCUCCAACACCUCCCUUAACACACUGGAAUACCACAAUGAUACCAGUUCUCAGACCCAGGACCACCUGCCACCCUUGAAUGAUCCAAUGGUCACACAGCAGCUGCUUGUGGACCGCAUCAUCAAACUUCAGAAAUCAGCAGCUAAACGAGCUGAGAAAAUGGAAUUCCUGGAGGAACACAAUGCCCAGCUGGUUGGGGAGCUCAAGAAAAAAUCUCGCAUCAUUCAUCACUACAUCAUGAGGGAGGAGGCUGGUGCUCUAGCAAACUCAGCAUCAGACACCUCAAAGUCUUCCAAUGCUGCUACUAGGAUACCACCAGGUUCAAAGAAACAGGCUGAGUUAAUGCGGCAUGGUGGUAUCAUGGCAUCAGUGUAUGGAUCAGCACCUCGGGACGGUACCAUGACUCUUGAGCUCUCCCUGGAGAUUAACAGGAAGUUGCAGGCGGUCUUGGAAGACACUCUGUUAAAGAAUAUUACUUUAAAGGAAAACCUGAACACUUUAGGAGAUGAAAUAGCCAAGAUAUCCCAACAGAAACAAAUUGGCACCAAGAAAUGAUAAAUGUAACAAUGGAAGGAUGGCACCAUGUUCUGCCCACACCAUGUAAUAUAGAUAUAUAUGUUAUGUACAAAAAUUCUUUUACUGCCACUUUAAAUGACAGAAGCCUA